AUGCCGUCUAUUACUGAACCGAAAGCUCAAGGGCUACCAAACCAGUCCCCUGCUAUCCCGAAUCUUCGAGAUCGUCUUCCAAAGUUAGAGCCUCGUCGUCGCCAGGCCCCUCCUGCAAAUCCUCUCCCAGUCCCUGAGACUCCAAAUCUACCAUCCCCUCCAGAACCAUCAACAAUCACCUUCGAAAAGCCUUCACGUCGAAUACUCUCUCCGCACGACCAUGAUCUCUUCCUCUCCUCGCCGACCUACAAACUCCUCCUGGCAUUUGUAUUCGGUCUGACCGACUCUGUCGUCGAUACACCAGUUUCUGCAGUUCGAGAUGGCGAUCUCAGUCCUGCGGUAAAGCAGAUUCUCAAGAUACUUGACAACGUCGAAGAUACCGUCAAUAGAAGCCCACCGGAAGAUCAAGGAGAUUCAAGGUUUGGAAAUAAAGGAUUCCGAGACUUCCUAGACCUAGCAGCGAAAGAACAUUCAGCAUGGCAUACAGAGCUUGGCAUAAAGAGCGAUGGGGCGAUAGAAGAAGUGUCUACAUAUUUUCUACAGUCGUUUGGUAACCGGACGCGGAUUGAUUAUGGCUCUGGACAUGAGCUCAAUUUUAUGUUAUGGUUGUUGUGCCUGUACCAGCUGCGAAUUAUCACACCAUCCGACUUCAGACCGCUCGUAUUGCGAGUUUUUACACGUUACCUUAUACUUAUGCGACUAAUUCAAUCGUCUUACUACCUCGAACCAGCAGGCUCACACGGCGUUUGGGGUCUGGAUGAUUACCAAUUCUUACCUUUCCUGUUUGGCUCUUCUCAACUAUUACACCAUCCAUUCAUACGACCAUUAUCAAUCCAUCAAAGUCUUACAUUGGAGGAGUAUGGGAAGGAUUACCUAUAUCUUGGACAAGUGAACUUUGUCAACAGUGUGAAAAAUGUAGAGGGUUUGAGAUGGCAUAGUCCAAUGCUGGACGAUAUAUCCUCGGCAAAGUCCUGGUCCAAAGUAGAAGCAGGAAUGAGACGUAUGUUCGUUGCUGAGGUCCUCAAAAAGCUUCCGGUCAUGCAGCACUUUCUUUUCGGAUCUCUCAUCCCAGCAGUUGAUGGCAUGAAUAAAGAAGAGGAGUUUGGCAUACCAAGCGAAGACGAAGAGACCGAGGGUGGAGAAGUGGUUGUAAUGAAAGAUGGAAUGAAGCACGUACAUCAGAUGAAUAGCUGGGGCGACUGCUGUGGUAUCAAAGUUCCGAGUAGUGUCGCUGCUGCGCAGGAGUUGAAGAAGCGUAUGGGUGGAGGUGAUGGAUUGAGAAGAAUACCUUUUGAUUAA